AUGAGGUUUAUGAAUUGGUACUAUGCUUGGUGGUGGAUAUCUGCGAGUUAUAUCGAACUGUUGAUCUACUCAGAAGUACUAAUCGUGGACAAACUCACUGUCAAGAUCAUGUCGUGCGCCUGCAAAAUGGCUGACAUCUUGGACGAAAGAGUUUCAUUGGUUGAAGACAUUUUUAAACGAAGACAACCUCUACCUUCAUUGGAUGCCAUUUACUUCAUCCAGCCUACUAAAGAGAAGGAAUUUGUUUUCUUAAGUUCUCCAGUUUCUAAGGAGCUGGUUGGUCACAUCAAGAAAGAUUUGAGUGUAUUGCCUCGGAUUGGAGCAUUAAGAGAGAGAUGGUGGCGAGCUUUCAACGAGGGAUUUGUUGAAGAUGGCUCAAGCAUUGAACAAAUAGACAAGCUCUCUCUCCAUGUAGAGAUUGCUAGGAAAAUCAACGACCUUAUCAGAGAGCAGGGACUUCGGGAGAUUGGACAACUUGAACAAGACCUUGUCUUUGGUGAUGCUGGGAUGAAGGAUGUAAUUAAAUUUUUGAGUACCGUCGAUGCCAAAAAGAAUACCCCGGGAGGUUUCACCUUGAAGUUUGAUCUUCACAAGAAGACACGAGCUGUCAGGAAAGAGCGUCAAGAGGAAGCAGCAUGGCAGUUAUCUAGAUUCUACCCCAUGAUUGAGGAACUCGUAGAGAAACUUGGCAAGGGAGAAUUGCCAAAAGAGGAUUACCCAUGUAUGAACGACCCAAGCCCAAGUUUCGACGGAUCAACGUCACAUUCUUCAUCAGCAAGUAGUAGUCAAGGUCAAGCUGGUCAGUCCAUGAGAUCAAGACGCACUCCAACGUGGGCUAAAUCACGAGGCUCAGAUGAUGGAUAUUCAAGGUAA